AUGGCUACUGCUCUUGAACAAAAGGCUAUCGAUACUAUCCGUGUGCUUGCUGCUGACAUUGUCCGCAAGUCCAACUCUGGUCAUCCUGGUGCUCCUAUGGGUUGCGCUCCUAUCGCUCACACUUUGUUCACCAAGUUCCUCAAUGCCAAUCCCAAGAAUCCCUACUUUAAGAACCGUGAUCGUUUCGUCCUCUCCAACGGUCAUGCUUGUGCUCUUCAAUACAUCGUCCUUCAUCUCUUGGGCUACAAUGUCACUAUGGAUGACUUGAAGAACUUCCGUCAAUUGGGCUCAAAGACACCUGGUCAUCCUGAACGUAUUGAUACUGAGGGUGUUGAGGUCACUACGGGUCCUCUAGGUCAAGGUAUCUCCAAUGCCGUUGGUUUGGCUGCUGCUGAAGCUCAACUCGCUGCCACUUACAACAAGCCUGGUUUCGAGAUCUUCAACAACUACACCUAUGUCAUUCUCGGUGAUGGUUGUCUUCAAGAAGGUGUUGCCUCCGAGGCCUGUUCUCUUGCUGGUCACUUGAAGCUUGGUAAGCUCAUUGCCUUCUAUGAUGACAACCACAUCACCAUCGAUGGUGACACUGCUGUCUCCUUCACUGAAGACGUCCUUAAGCGUUUCGAAGCUUACGACUGGCACGUCCAAACUGUUGGCAACGGUGAUAGCGACUAUGCUUCCAUCGAAGAGGCUAUCAAGGCCGCUCAAAAGGUCACUGAUAAGCCAUCUAUUAUCAAGGUUAGAACUACUAUUGGUUAUGGUUCCUUGAUGCAAGGUGAGGAGAAGGUUCACGGUGCUCCCCUCUCCAACGAUGAUAUCAAGCAAUUGAAGGAGAAGUUUGGUUUCAACCCUGAAGAAACCUUUGUUGUUGCUCAAGAUGUCUACGAUUUGUACCACAAGCGUGCCCAAGAAGGCGCUGAAUACGAAGAAAAGUGGAACCAACUCUUUGCUUCCUACAAGGAAAAGUACCCCAAGGAAGCUGCCGAGAUUGAACGUCGUUUCUCCAACGUUUUGCCUACUGGCUGGGAGAAGGUUCUUCCCCGCUUCACACCUUCUGACCCUGCUGUCGCUACUCGUAAGUUAUCUGAAGGUGUCUUGUCUGCCAUUGAGGCUGAACUCCCCGAACUCUUGGGUGGUUCUGCUGAUUUGACUGGCUCCAACUUGACUCGUUGGAAGAAUGCUGUUGAUUUCCAACCUGCUUCCAACGGUCUUGGUGAUUACUCGGGUCGUUACUUCCGUUACGGUAUCCGUGAACAUGCCAUGUUUGCCAUGAUGAACGGUAUGUCUGCUUAUGGCGGUAUUGUCCCUUACGGUGGUACCUUCUUGAACUUCUUGACCUACGGUUGGGGUGCUGCUCGUCUCGCUGCCUUGGGCCAUAUGCGUGUCAUCUUUGUCAUGACUCACGAUUCCAUUGGUCUCGGUGAGGAUGGACCUACCCAUCAACCUAUUGAGACUUUGGCCUUGACUCGUGCCACUCCCAACAUGCUCACUUUCCGUCCUGCUGAUGGUAAUGAGACCUCUGGUACUUACUUGGCCGCCAUCCAAAACCUCACUCGUCCCUCCGUCAUUGCUCUCUCUCGUCAAAACUUGCCUCAACUGGAAGGCUCUUCCAUCGAAGCCGUCCUCAAGGGUGCUUAUGUUCUCUCUUCUGACAAGAACCCUCAAAUCGUCUUUGUUGCUACUGGUUCUGAAGUCUCUAUCGCUGUUGAAGCUGCCAAGACUUUGAAGCACAAGAACAUUGCUGUUCAAGUUGUCUCAAUGCCUUGUUCUGAACUCUUUGAUGAACAAUCUGCUGAAUACAAGAAGGAGAUCUUCCCUCUCGGUGUUCCCGUUAUUGCCAUUGAAGCUCUUGGUACAUUCGGUUGGGAACGUUACUCUCACUGUCAAAUUGGUAUGCGCACUUUCGGUGCCUCUGGUCCUAUUGACAAGUUGUAUCCUCACUUUGACAUCACUGCUGAAAACGCUGUUGCCAAGGCAGAGUCUGUCAUUGCUCACUUUGCCAAGCUUGGUUACGUUCCUGAAGUCAAUGCUCAACUCUAA